GCUGGGCAUGUAACUAGAAUCCCGCACAGGAGGAGUCCACUGAGAACCCUGGGGGAAUGACCUGGGCCAGCACCCCUCCCUAACCCGUGUCCCCCACUCACUGGAGCCCAGUGGUUGGGUCCUUUGUGAGGCAGGCUGAGGGGACACUGGAUCCUGAGGGUCUGUGGUCACAGUAGGCAGGAAGUCUCAGAGGAAGGAGCCCUCCCUGGGAGCCAGACCCCCACGCCAUGGCGAGCGUGGUGGUGAAGACGAUCUGGCAGUCCAAGGAGAUCCAUGAGGCCGGGGACACCCCCACGGGGGUCGAGAGCUGCUCCCAGCUAGUCCCAGAGGCUCCCCGGGGGGUGAGCAGCCGGGCCAAGGGGAUCCCGAAGAAAAAGAAGGCCGUGUCGUUCCACGGGGUGGAGCCCCAGAUGUCCCACCAGCCCAUGCACUGGUGCCUGAACCUCAAGCGGUCCUCGGCCUGCACCAAUGUGUCACUGCUCAACCUGGCCACCAUGGAGCCCACCGACUCCACGGGGACAGACUCCACAGUGGAAGACCUCAGUGGCCAACUCACGCUGGCCGGACCCCCUGCCUCCCCCACCCUACCCUGGGAUCCGGAUGACGCAGACAUCACGGAAAUCCUGAGUGGGGUCAACAGUGGAUUGGUCCGCGCCAAAGACUCCAUCACCAGCUUGAAGGAAAAGACCACCCGGGUUAACCAGCACGUGCAGACUCUGCAGAGUGAGUGUUCUGUGCUGAGCGAGAAUCUGGAGAGAAGGCGGCAAGAGGCAGAAGAGUUGGAGGGGUACUGCAUUCAACUCAAGGAGAACUGCUGGAAGGUGACCCGGUCUGUGGAAGAUGCUGAAAUCAAAACCAACGUCUUGAAGCAGAAUUCUGCCUUGCUGGAGGAGAAGCUGCGCUACCUCCAGCAGCAGCUGCGGGAUGAGAGCGCUGACGGCAGGGGCAGGCUGCAGGAGCCAGAGCAGCAGCAGAAGCCGGAGGCUGUCUCUCCAGGCGAGCGUAGGCCCGCCGCCACGUCCCAGGGCUGCCCGGCCCGCCAGGGAGUCCUGACAAACCCUCGGCCUCGCGGCCUGGUCCCGCCAGGCUGGGGAAUGGGGCCUCGGGCAGGUGAGGGCCCCUACGUGAGUGAGCAGGAAUUGCAGAAGGUGUUCACCAGCAUUGAGGAGCUGAGGAGAGAAGUGUCCUCGCUGACUUCGCGGUGGCAUCAGGAGGAGGCGGUGCAGGAAGCCCUGCGACUGCGGGGCCUGGGCGGCUUGGUCGGCGGCUUCCUGGGCCAGUGGGAGGCGGGCACAGGCGAGCAGUACAGACGGCGCGGGAGCUUGCAGGAGCUGCGAGGUCGGGCGGACCGAGGCUGUACAUAAGUGAGGCGGUCAGCAGUGUCUGGCUUCACUGAGGACGGCGAACUGGAGAGGCUGGGCCUGAAACCCAUUCUGGAGGAGUUCGGUGGCAAUUUCAGGAAAAACUCUCGAAGAGGGCCUGACCUCUCCAUGAAAGAUCGGUCCCAACAAGGCAACUGUGCCAGCUGUGCCAGGCAGGGGUCGCAGUUGUCCACGGAGUCCCUGCAGCAGCUGCUGGACCGGCGCUGAUCCCGCUAGUGGACCGAGGUGAAGCAGAGGGCCUGACUCCCUGCCUGUCCCAGCUGUCAGAGGCUACACAAGAAGAUUCUGGAGCUGGAGCGCCAGGCCUUAGCCAAACACGUCAGGGCAGAGGCCCUGAGCUCCACCCAACCGGCUGGCCCAGGCGAGGCCCUGCGGGCCAAGUCACCACUGCUGACAGACAAAGAUGAAGAAGCGGAGGAGAAGAUGGCCACUCUGGACCAUCUACAUUUGAAGACGUGCUCCCUCCACGAUCAUCUCAGCAACCUGCCACUUGAGGGGUCCACAGGAACAAUGGGGGGAGGCAGCAGUGCGGGAACCCCCCCAAAACAUGGGGGCUUAGGCCCUGAACAAUAAAUGGCCCCUCAUGCUGGC